CAGAGAGGAACAGAGAAAAAGAGAGACAGAGAAAGAAAUAAACAGAGAAUUUUUGAAUUAAAAGAGAGAGAGAAAGAGACAUUAGAGGUUGCUGAAAGAAAAAACAAAACAUGGGAGAAGUUGUGUUGUUUGUGGAUGAUUUGAAAUUAAAUUAUGCAAUUUCAUACUGUAGAAUUUGCCAUGAAGAAGAACUAGAGAGCUUUAAGAGCUUGGAAGCUCCUUGUGCUUGUUCAGGAACCGUUAAGUUUGCACACAGAGAUUGCAUACAGAGGUGGUGUAACGAGAAGGGGAACACCACCUGUGAAAUAUGUCUCCAGCAAUAUGAACCGGGAUACACGGCACCUUCAAAGAAGUCUCAGCUGAUUGAUGCAGCAGUGACCAUUAGAGAUAGCCUGCAAAUUCCAAGAAGAGAGGAGGAAGAGGAGGAAAUAAGCCCAAGGUUGGAGGGCAUAAGCGAGUUAUCAGAGUGCACGUCGGAGGCAAAUAGAAGCGCGUCUUGCUGUCGAAAGUUGGCUCUCACUUUUACAGUAAUCUUGCUGGUGAGACAUUUUUUUGCUGUGUUAACUGGUGGAACGGAAGAUUACCCCUUCACACUUCUUACUGUACUUAUUCUAAAGACUAGCGGAAUUAUUUUCCCAAUGUUGAUAUUGAUGCGGACAAUCACAGCAAUUCAAAAUAGCAUCAGGAGGCAGUAUGAGGAUGCUGAUGACAGCGAAGAAGAUGAACAGCAGCAUCACGCAGUCUAAAUCUAUUCUUUAUGUAUGGUCUUUCAUUGGUUGAAUUGUAUUAGAGCAUUAUAUCAGUGCUCACUUUGUUAAAACUCCAUUUUUUUUUAAUGGGGGGUACAAAUGAAAAAAGGAAAAAAAAAAAUGAAUUAUUUCUAGAAAUUCAGGUAGAGUAGAUUCCUGCUUGCA